AUGAAUAAUCCAACGUUGUUAGGAGGUCCUGGUAAUAUAGUCGACCCGACCGGUCAAAAACCUGGCACGCCUUUGAACCAUCAACAACAAUUGCAUACUCCUCCAGGAAUGAUGAAUAAUGAAAAUACAUUACAUUUAUUAUCUCAAUUACAUAAUGCUGGGAAUCCAAAUCCGCAACAGUUGAAUGCCAAUGAUAUUUUGAAUGUGAAUUUAAAUAUGCACAACAAUAAUGCUAAUGCAAACACAAACGUCAAUAAUUUACCAAAUAAUAUAAAUAUGAGAAUGAAUAUGGGUAAUGGAAUGAACAUGAAUAUGAACAUGAAUAUGAACAUGAACAUGAAUAUGAACAUGAAUAUGAAUAUGAACAUGAAUAUGAACAAUGUCGUCCCAGAUGGUAAUAUUAACAAUCCGUUGUUUCAUCCUCAUCUUGAAGAUCCAUCGUUAUUAAACAAUCCUAUAUGGAAGUUACAAUUGCAACUGGUUUCUACCUCAAUGCAAACUUUGGGCCAACCAAAUGUUUAUGCUAGACAAAAUGCUAUGAAGAAAUAUUUGGUCAACCAGCAGCAACAGCAACAGCAACAGCAACAGCAACAGCAACAGCAACAGCAACAGCAACAGCAACAGCAACAGCAACAGCAACAGCAACAGCAACAGAAACAAGGCCAACAAUCAAAACUUCAUUCGCAAUUGAAUAUGCCUCAGGAUCAAUUGUUGAACCCGAUGCAGGAUCAAAAUUUAAAUGUAAAUAAUCCACAAAUGAACGAAGCGGCUAUUUCGUUAGUAGACCGUACUAAAAAACUACUGAUGGAUAUGGCAUCCGAUUCAAGUCACACAGCUAGUGAUGGCUCUUUAGAUAACACCAAACUACCCAAUACAAACAACAUUGGAGGUGGAAACAGUACAAUUUCAACACCAACUACACCAACUAGAGAAUUGAACCAAGUAGCAGGUACUCCAAAUACCCACGCAGCUGUACUACUACAGCACAAGAAAUUAUCACAAUAUAACAUUGAUGAAGAUGAUGAGGCCGAGCAACAACAAAAACGAUCAAUGAAUUCCACUUCAAGUUCCAAUAUAAAUGAGAAUUCUUCAAAAUAUAAUGAUCAAUUAUGGCAUGCAAUCGAUUUAUCGAAUUUACAAUUAUAUUGUGUCACCAAGAAUGUUUUCAAAUACGAAUUUUUGACAAGAUUAUAUCUAAAUGGUAAUAAUUUAACAACAUUACCAAAAGAAAUAAAGAAGUUGAACAACUUACGUGUAUUAGACUUGUCCCAUAACAAACUCACUGUGUUACCAAAAGAGCUAGGUUUUUGUUAUCAAUUAAAGUACUUGUACCUGUUCAAUAAUAUGAUCACUGACUUACCUUGGGAGUUUGGAAAUUUGUUCAAUUUACAAUUCUUAGGUUGUGAAGGGAAUCCAUUAGAUAGAAAACUUUUAAAAAUUUUGGCAGAAAAGUCCGUUACAGGUUUAGUCUUUUAUUUAAGAGAUAACAGACCAGAAAUUCCACUAAAGAAAGAUAGAAAAUUCAUUACAAUUAAUGCCGAUGAAGAACCACAAGAGGAAUUCGACACCAUGGCUUUAUCCGAUAGCCACAUCAGUACUGAAAUGUUAAAGAAGAGUUUCACAGUUUUAUCAUACAAUACUUUAUGUCAACACUAUGCUACACCAAAGAUGUAUCGUUAUACUCCUUCCUGGGUAUUAAGUUGGGACACUAGACGUGAACAAUUAAAAAAUCAAAUUUUAGGAAUCCAAAGUGAUGUCAUUUGUCUACAAGAAGUUGAAGCACAGACAUAUGAAGAUUUCUGGUUACCACUUUUACAGAAAAGAGGGUACUUAGGUAUUUUCCACGCAAAGACGAGAGCAAAGACCAUGCAAAGCAAAGAUUCUAAGAAGGUCGAUGGUUGUUGUAUCUUUUAUAAAGAAAGUGAGUUCAAGUUACAGCAUCAGGAAUCUGUAGACUUUAGUGGUGUUUGGAUGAAACAUAAAAAAUUCCAGCGUACUGAAGAUUAUUUGAAUAGAGCUAUGAAUAAAGAUAACGUUGCAUUAUUUGUGAAAUUGGAACAUAUCAAUAGUGGCGAAAGCGUGUGGGUUGUGACAACUCAUUUACAUUGGGAUCCUCAAUUUAACGAUGUGAAGACAUUCCAAGUUGGUGUUUUAUUAGAUCAUUUGGAGUCUUUACUAAAAGAUUACAAUAAUGCUAGUUCAAAACAAGAAAUAAGAAAAUGUCCAGUAAUUAUCUGUGGUGAUUUGAAUUCUCAUCUACAAUCUGCAGUCUAUGAACUAUUAAGCACUGGUCAUGUUAAAGUUCAUGAAGACAUUCAAGAUAGAUUUUACGGUUUCAUGUCACAAAAAAACUUCUCACACAGUUUAUCUCUACGAUCCACUUACGAUUGUAUUGGUGAAUUACCAUUUACUAAUUUCACCCCAUCUUUCACAAGUGUUAUCGAUUAUAUCUGGUAUUCUACACAAGCUUUGAGAGUUCGUGGUGUUUUAGGACCUAUAGAUGAAGAAUAUGUUUCCAAAUUCAUUGGCUUCCCUAACGAUAAAUUCCCAAGUGAUCACAUACCUCUAUUAGCUAGAUAUGAAUUCACUAAAGGUGGAGCUGCUAGUAGAAAAGUAUAA